AUCUCUUUGUGUCAGGUGUCAGCUGUGUCUGUCCAUGAACUUCCAAGGUGUGGGAUAUUCUCCUGGCAGGGCCUGGAAGUGCUGGGAUGAUGAUUUAUGCAUCACCUCUUCCUGAGUGGUGUUCAUGCUUGGCUGGUGCUGAGCAGCUGCCCCUUGAAACUUGAGCCAUUACUUUGUUUUUGUUUCUGUUUUGAUUGCAAGUUGAUCAUUAAUUCCUCACUGUAAAUCCAUUUUAUUUAGAAGGACUUCUGAUCCAUUUUAUUUAGUUGAAGAUUUUUUCACUGCACUUGCCUACCUCCCCUCCUGUGUGUGUGGCCAUUUUGAUUUAUCCCCAUGUUUCCUGGCCCCAGGCAGUUUCAAGAAAAAUAUUCAACAUCCCCACCAGUGGGGAAUCUAAAAGGAUUCAACAUCCCCACCAGUGGAAAUCUAAAAAUUUCUAGAAUGAUUUUGAAGUCCUGCAAAUGGGAAAGCAUAGGGACAGAUGUAGUCCCACCAGUUUUGUAUCCAAAUUGUUAUCUUACUAAUGGAAGGAAAGCAUUGGUGGCGUGAACAUGAGGAAAGAAAAUGGUUUUACUUUCUUUUUCUAGUCACUUUUUAAUGAGAGGAAAUGGCUUCUGGUUCCAAGAGUCAUCAAAUCAAAUUUCUUUCUCCGACAAAGCCAGACUUUUUUGUGAUGUGGUGGAAACUUGCCAGUUUCUGGUGUCUUGCUGAAGGAUAAAAGAGCUUUCAGACAUGAGCCCCAAGUCUGUAAUUCAAUCUCCUUGGAAGAGCUCCAGGGAAUUGUUGCUGGGAUCAGGGAGGCUUUGCAUGGAAACAGAGAUCCGGGCAGAUCUGAUUGCCAUGUCUGAACCUGGACAGGCUGCUUAAACUCUUCUGAUCUGCGUGUGAAAUCAGGCAGUGCUCCCAACUUCCUGGCUGUUGAUUUAUGAGUAUUUGUAGGUGAUGAUAACAGAGUGAGCUUCAGGAUCCGGGAGUCUGGCUUAAUGCUCACUCUUCCUCACUGCUGCUUAAUUGAAAUGGGUUUUUGUUGAUGUUCCACUGGUGGUGUAGAGCAAGGAGACCUUCAGCUGGAGUCUAAAGAGCUGGAUACUUCCAAGCAAAUGCUGCAGCCUGCCUUUGAAGAGUACUAAACAUGAAUUAAGUUUUCCAAACUGUUCAGUGGCCUGGGAAUAUAUGACUUUGAUGCUUGUGGAAUAAUGCUGCUUUGCCACCUCUGAAGUUCACUACGUGACCCCAAGGAAGUUAAGAUUUGUGUGUCUCAGGGUGAAGAGAUAUUGGAAGCUUAACCUCUCUGUCUGAAGGUGAAACUUAGGCCUGGAAGGGGCCUCAGCCCUGGUGCUGCUGUGGGUCCUUUGCCAUGAUGGGUGUGGGAUAAGCAAUGGGAAAACCCCUCAGCUGUGACCUGCUGUGAAAUGCUCGUUUAACACAGGCCACUGCAUAGUCACCAGGGAGCAAUUCUUAGAAUUAACUAACCAGAGCUGGAUUCAAACCAGUAAAUUUUCUAGUAAUAAAAGGUGUGAAAAUGUCUUACCAGUAAAUUAAGAAGAAAAGGGACUGGAAGGACAGUCUUACCUGGAAAUUGCCCUGGAAAUACUGCUCUUCCUUUCAGAGAUUAAAGAUACCACUGUACUGUAUCAUAUUAAAUACCUUUUUGGCCCAUUUUUGGCUAUAUUAGCCUGGGAUAACAUUACUCCUCCAGAAAUCUUGUUUCUUUUCUAUUUACACUUCCUUUAAAAUGAUUCUACCUUUCAAGCUAACCUCCUUCACCACUUGUUUAUCAUUGAUUUCCUCUCUGGUUGGUGUGGCAUCCCACCUGCCUGUGUGGAAGGCAGGUAUACACCGAGAGCAAGUGCAGACACAAAAGGGAUAAAUCCCUUUUAAUCCCAGAGCUCAGCCCAGUGCUGGGCCUGGGAGGGGAGCAGGGUCCCACAGCACCCUCACACCCAGCCCGGAUGGGGCUCAUGGGGUGCACAGAUCACCUCUCACAGAGCCAAAAGUUCUUGGGGAAGCACAGGGAUCACCUGUGAACUUCCUGCUGCAGUCUCAGACUCUUUGGAGCAGAUUUUCACCCGCCCAUGACCUCAGGGGAGCAGCUCCAUCCAGGCUGGAGCCAAGGCCGCCUUCUCCUUCAAUCAUAUUUGAAGUGGGUGGUUGAAAAUCAAAAAGCAACAGACAUGGAGCUUUCCCAGCACUCUCAUCCUCAUCCCUCCCUCUUGCUGAAGGGAUUCCCCCAGGUGUGGCAGUGCUGGCCAUUGGCACGGUCACCUCUGUACCCUGUUUGCUCUGAAGGAGAAGGAGGCUGAUGGGCAGUGCCUGUGUGCCCUCCCCAGUGAAUUCCUGAGCCCUCAGCAAGUCUCAGCCAAAUGUGGCAGAGGAGGAGAAGCCUCCACUUUGUUCCUUUGGUUUUCAUCAGAGUCAGAUGAAAGAUAGCUGCUGGGAAGGGGUGGGAGCUCUGCCUCCCUCAGCCCCCCCCAAAACUCCAGUGGGUUGGGGCUGGUUGUGGGAGCAAAGCCAGGCCAGGGGCAGCUUUGCCUCCUCAUGAGCCACCAGAAAGUGACUUCUCCUUCUUGUGUGCCCAAGCUGGACCUCUCCCAGAACCCAAAGGCCAAGGUAGCCAGUGUCUAUGAGUCGCCUGGCUUCUUCCUAAGCUUGGAUCCAAUUCCAGGAGCCCUGGAAGCUGUGCAGGAGAUGUUCCACAUGCAGGAUACUGAGGUCUUCAUUUGCACGAGCCCUCUCCGGAAUUACGAGCACUGCGUCGUGGAAAAGUAUAAGUGGGUAGAGAAACACUUGGGACCCGAGUUUGUGGAGCGGAUUAUUCUGACCCGAGACAAGACCGUGGUGGCUGCUGACCUGCUGUUUGACGACAAGGACACCAUCCAAGGCGCGGAGCCGAGGCCGAGCUGGGAGCACAUCCUGUUCACCUGCUGCCACAACCGGCACCUCCAGCUGCCGGCCCCGCGCCGGCGCCUGCGCUCCUGGGCCGACGACUGGAAGGGCAUCCUGGAAAGCAAGCGCAGGCAGUAGUCCAGGGAGGGGAUGCUGUGCUCUUCCCACUGCCAGGAAACAACCGGCCCAUCCCCUGCCAUGCCCAGGAGGCACUGUCACCGCAGGGAUCAGCCAGAGAAGAAAUGAGCUGCUCCUGUCAGACACAGUGCUCUGGGUUUCUGGAAGACUGCUCUGCACUUUUAAUCUCUGUAGUGUUUUGGAUGUUUGCUGUUGGAGAAGAGAAACUAUAAACUACAAGCAGCUGUGGUUGGA